AUGAAGUCUAUAUUUCCUCAUCCAUUUGCUCCAAUAUACCAUAACGGUGAGUUCAUGAAGACUUUAGAUGAGUGGCUUAUAAUUGAUAUUUGCAACUCAAUUCGUGAAAGGCCCAACUGGAAGUCUAAAUACAAGGAUCCGGCAAUUUCUAGCAAAUGGCAAAAUGAAUUAAAAGAAACAAUUCUACAUCGAACAGAAAACGUUGAAGAGGUUAUAAGUUACGCUUUCAGAGAACUACAAUGGGUUGAAUACUUGGAAAAGACAUUUCCUGGGGUUGAAGAGAAUGGAUUCCAUAUUGGAAUUGAUGACAAAAUUGUAUACAGUGACCAAGUUAUUGAUGUAAAUACUAAAUCUGAUCUUAUUAAGGCCGUUGAAAGGUUCGCUAAUGAAGAAUUUAAAGAUGGGUUCGACUAUCACCCUGGUUCAAAUAACCAAGUGGUAGAUUUAGUUCACCCAUCUUUAUACCCAUUGCAGUACGACGUAACCCCAAUUUUUACUAGUCCUCAAAAGGAACAUACUUGGUGGGAACUCCAUAGCAUGAAAUCCGAAGAGUAUAACAGAGACAGAACAUUAGGAAUAGCCGAAUAUGAUGAAGCUAUUUCUCAAGUUAAAAAAAAUGUCGACGACUAUGGUAUUUCCAGACGUUUCCAGUGGCUACCUACGGUGCUAGAAACCAGAAACUAUUCAUUUAGAUCUUAUAUUAACAAUUUACACCCUGUAAAGUACCAAGACCUAUACGAAGUAAUAUCCCAGGUUAUUCGUCUACUGGCUCCAGGAUUAAAUCUUUGCCUCUCAAGGUUGUCCUCGGGACCAAUAAGUCGUAUUUCUCUUCCAAUGGACGAUUCAUUGGCUACUGAGGAAUGGCAAAGAAAAUUGGACAAACUCAUGAAUCCUGGGUCCAAUCCAGAGACUGGACAGGAAAUUGAAGUAGAUUGGGCUGCGGUUGAGGCUUUCGAGAAGACAAAGAAGUUCAAUUUUAGAAAGUUUCCUCCAAUAUACGAACGAGACCCUCCUGUCAAUUAUUCUUUUGAUGUGAGAACCUACUUUGAAGAACUUAAGGUUAUUGUCAAACUAGCAAAUAUUGAAUUGAGCUCCGAGAAUCCACUGUACAAUGGUGGUUCGUGGCAUGUUGAAGGUACAAUCAAUGAAGAUAUUGCUGCCACCUUACUAUACUAUUACGAUUGUGAAAACAUCUCAGAGCUGACUUUAUCAUUCAAAAGUGCCUAUGAAGAUCCCUACUAUGAGCAGGAUGAUAAAGAUGGCGUCGAGAAAUUUUACGAUUUACAUGACGAAGAUAGAUUAACUAAAGAAAUUGGUAAGAUGGAGACAAAAGAAGAUAGAGUGUUGAUAUUCCCAAACUGGUUUCAGCACCACGUAGAACCCUUCGAACUAAAAGACAAGACUAGACUGGGGCAUCGCAAAAUACUAUGCCUAUUCUUCGUUGAUCCAUUCAAUAGUAAAGUCAUUUCUACUGACAUGGUGCCUCCACAGCAAAAGGAAUGGUGGAAUGAUGGGACUGACCUUUGUGAAUUUGGGUUAGAUGAAUUUGCCAAAGAACAAAUUGAAAAUAUCCUCAAAGGGCGAGCCGAUGUGAAGGAAAUGGAAUGGCCCAUUACUUUGGAAAAUGCAAAAGUGGUUAGACAAGAAUUAAUGAAAGAACGAGGAAUCCCUAAAGUGGAUAAAUACUCUGAAGCGGCGUUUGCUAGACGCUUUACGCUAUGUGAACAUUGA